AUGAACAUCAAGGACUUUGAGAUGGAUGUUGUUGCAAUGGUCAAUGACACAGUAGCAACGAUGAUCUCCUGCUAUUAUGAGGAUCACAGAUGUGAAGUUGGCAUGAUUGUGGGCACAGGCUGCAAUGCUUGCUACAUGGAGGAGAUGGAGAAUGUGGAACUGGUCGAAGGCAAUGAGGGACGAAUGUGUGUGAACACCGAAUGGGGGGCUUUCGGGGAGUCGGGAGAGUUGGACGAAUUCCUCUUGGAGUACGAUCGUGUGGUGGACGAAACCUCAUUUAACCCCGGUCAGCAGCUGUUUGAGAAGAUCAUAGGGGGGAAGUACAUCGGGGAGAUUGUACGGCUGGUGCUGCUAAAACUGGUCAAUGAAAACCUACUCUUCAAUGGAGAAGCUUCAGAAAAGCUGAAGACCAGGGGAUCGUUUGAAAGUCGUUUUAUUUCACAAAUUGAAAGGUAG